UAUCGGGAUGCGGAGCUCACUGAUGGAGGAAACUGAAUCUUCUUAAGUGAAGGAAAGACUGUUCCACAGACGCUUAGAUUUGUACUCAGUGGGUGGGGCAGAGGGUGGGGAAUGGGGGUCUUAGGGAAGAAGCAAGAGAAGAGAAAGGAGCCAUCUGUUCCUUUAGUGGCAGAUAAAGAGGGAGUGAAGAAGAGGACGUACGCAGAGGAGGAGGAGGAAGGGGUGGAGAAUGACCUUAGACUACAAUGGAUUUACAAACGGUGUUGCAGAUUUUAAAGUAAAUAUUUGAGCCAAAAAAGAAUGCUACCAAGAUGAAGCUGUGGAUUAUCUUUCUGUGUCUGAGCAAUGGAUGGAUGCAAACAGCUUCUACUGCUGAUGUGACCCCCACACCCUCCUCUGCACCCGUGACACCCACUGAAGAUGAGGGCACCAAACUGGUGGAUUGGUUGAUGAAGUAUGGCUACCUCCCACCUUCAGACCCCUCCACUGGGCAGCUGCAGGCCUGGACCGCUGUCACUAACGCUGUGAGGGCCAUGCAGAGGUUUGCAGGCCUCAAAGACACUGGAGUUCUGGAUGAGGAGACGAAUGCGUUGAUGAAGAGUCCACGCUGCUCCCUGCCUGACCAGGAGGACCAAGCCACAUCACUGGCGAACCAAGAGAGGGGCAACAUGAAAAGGAGGAGGAAAAGGGCUCUCUCCAUGUGGACACGCAGGAGCAUUAACUGGAGGUUGCGUUCAUACCCCUCCUCCUCACAUCUUUCCCGGGAAACCAUUCGCUCCCUGGUCUUCUAUGCUUUGAGAGUGUGGGCAGAGCCGACCCCCCUGGAGUUCCAUGAGGUGGGCAGUCCAGAGGCAGCAGACCUACAGGUAGACUUCCUCCAUGGUUACCACGGAGAUGGCUAUCCCUUUGAUGGGGCAGGUGGUGCAGUCGGCCAUGCUUUCUUCCCAUCAGACGCUGCCCGCGCCGGAGGAGUUCAUUUGGAUGCAGAGGAGGAGUGGGCCUUUAGACAGCCAGCAUCUGAGGGUACUGACCUGUUUACAGUGCUGGUCCAUGAGUUUGGCCAUGCUCUGGGUCUUGCCCACUCCUCGUCUCGCAACUCAGUGAUGAGGCCAUACUACCAAGGGCCUGCCGGAGACCCUCUCCAUUACUGCCUGGGAGCUCAAGAUCUGGAGCACAUCACUCAGCUCUAUGGUAAAAGGAACCAGUUGCUGGGCACUGACGCUCCACGCCUCGCCCCAGACCCUCAGCUUCGCCACAGAGGCCACCACCAUCAUCACAAAUAUGGCCCCUUCAUUGACCGCUGUAACACUAGUUUUGAUGCAGUGGCCAGGAUCCGAGGAGAGACUUUCUUCUUCAAAGGUCUCACAAUGUGGCGGGUCAAUGGUGGGGGCUUGGUAUCGAGUCAGGGGUCCUCAGUCAGAAGACUGUGGAGGGGUCUACCUCCUGACCUGCCUCAGCUGCAUGCUGUGCUGGAGAGACCGUCAGAUCAUGCCAUCAUCUUUAUCAGUGGUUCUCAGUUCUGGCUGUUCAGAGAUCUGUCGCUCCAGGAGGGCUACCCUCAGCCCCUCUCCUCCCUCAGGAUGGGGCUGAGCUUACAUGGGGCAGACGAGACAGAGGACGUAGCAGCAGGGAGGUGGGGACUUGUUUGGGACCCAGAGGAGGGCCCUGUGUGGGGGAACAUGGCAAAGGCCGAGGAGGAGAAGCAAGAAGAUGACUGGACUCAGCUGCUCAGAGAGGGGGUCAGUGGCAUCACCAUAAACAGCGAUGGCUCUGUCUAUCUCUUCAAAGGAGACUCCUACUGGAAGUUCCUGUUCCCAGGUUCACCAGUGCAGGACGGAUACCCUCGAUCCUCUAGUGCAGACUGGCUGGACUGCCCUGACCCAUCCUCAUCCUCUCCUGUGCUGGACGACCUCUCCCUGUCUCUGUCUCCACCUGCUGGCAGACAGGAGCUCAGGGAGAGGUGGAAGGGUGAGACAGAGAAGGAGAAAGAAGGAGGAAGGAGGAGAAACCAUGAAAGGGACACACAGGACAGAGGUUUACCCAUCCUGACGCAAUGCUCUUGCCAAAAUGGAGCUCUUGGUGGCAGCACAUCCUCUUGUAUUGCGGCCUUGCUGUUGAUCACAUGGACUGUGUUGGCUUUGUAAAGGUCAGCUGUUUUGUCAGAGGAGAGAAACUCAUCUACGAACAUUCACCUGUGCUCUCACUAUACCAUAAUCCUCUCCUGAGUGAGGGAUGGGAAAAGUCUGAGCUAUAAUUAGACUAGUCUAAUGUGAAUUCAGCUCAAUCUGCAGCUAAGCAAGAGGGGGAAGUCUUCUUGGUCAUCCAAAUCAUGAUUAGAGAAUACAUAAAAUAACUCCUCUAUAAUUUACAUACAAGAGCAAGACAUAUAAUUUGAAUGAAUAUACUGUGAGUUUUAUUUUUGACCUGUACCAUGAAGUAUUGCACUCCUGGAUGUAACAUACUCAGAUGGGGGACAUAUCAUAAAAAGACAUGAAGCCCUCAUGAGGUAGUUUUAUUGUUUGAAAGUGUGUUGUCUCAAAUCAAAGCGUAGCCGUGCUCUCAGGCCAGUUUCUAUGUUGUAUAAAGAUUGGGAAUGAAUUAUGAGUUUAGAGCACUGCUCCCUCGUCUUUGUAAAACUCUUGCAAUAAAAAUGUCCAGCAAUAAUAAAGUACUUUCUGUGGUGGAAACUUCUGAAGCAAUGGAGACGAAACUCAGAGAGACACUGGAGAGCAGGAACUUGAUGGCAAAACACUGUUGGGUUUAUUCGGACUUACGGCCGGAGAAUUGACAAGACAUUUACUGUAGACACGAGUUGCCACAGCGGUUGCCAAACCAAUUCUGAAGAUCUCGACAAUAGG